AUGUUUAUUGCUGAAGGAUACAAGGCAUUACGAUUAAGCAAAAUGGCACUUUCUGAUACUGCACCUGGAAAAAUUGUGAAUCUUAUGGCUAAUGAUGUCAACCGAUUCGACAUGGUCAUGUUGACCCUGCACCAUUUGUGGAGUGGACCACUUCUAAGCUUCAUCAUAGCUUACAUACUGUAUCAAAAAGCGCAAAUUCCAGCCUUGAUCGGUAUGUCCGUGUUGAUGGUUGUCAUUCUUAUUCAAGUGGGCUUUGGCAAAUUGACUUCCAAAUUUCGUCUACAAACUGCCAUUAAAACAGAUGAGCGUGUCCGUUUGAUAAACGAAAUAGUAUCAGGCGUGCAGGUGAUAAAAAUGUACGCCUGGGAGAAGCCGUUCUGUACCCUAGUGGAACUGGCUCGCAGACUCGAGCUAAGGAUUGUGCGCAAAACAUCGUUUCUCCGGGGGAUUUUUAUGACAUUUUUUUUGUUCACUACACGAGCAGCAUUGUACUGUACCCUCGUUUCAAUGUUUCACUACGGCGAGCCUCUGACUGCUGACAAAAUUUUCGUGUUUGCCUCAUUCUAUGAUUUAGUAGCUAAUUCGAUGACAUUGAUGUUCGCCAGAGGUUUUGCCGAAAUAGCUGAGUGCAGGGUGUCUGUAAACAGGAUACAGUCCUUUAUGCUUCUAGAAGAGUUUAAAACAGGAAACGUAACGAAAAUUAUCGGCACAACUGAUACAGAAAAGAGUCAUAAUCUGGUUAUCAAAGACAUGGAGAACAAAGUGGUACUGGAAAACGCUGCCAAUGGAAAGUACGGAAGUGUACCAGAGAUUGAUAACACGAUCGGAAACAAUCGACAAACCUGGUCUGUGUCAAUGGAAAACGUAACAGCUAAGUGGAACCCUGAAUCGUCGGACAAUACUUUGGAAAACAUAAAUCUCCAUCUGAACGAGGGUAAACUGUACGCAGUAAUUGGUGUCGUAGGUUCGGGAAAGAGUUCGUUACUUUCUUCUGUUCUGGGCGAACUCAAUAUUAUCAAGGGAGACAUCAAGAUCCAAGGUAGGGUGAGCUACGUCAGUCAGGAUGCUUGGGUCUUUGGCUCGAGUGUGCGUCAAAACAUCCUCUUUGGCCAAGAAUUCGAUAGACAAAGGUAUCAACGGGUAGUGAAGGCCUGCUCACUGUACAAAGAUUUUGCACAGUUUCCGGAAGGUGAUCAUACAAUUGUAGGCGAGAGGGGGAGUUCGUUGUCUGGGGGACAGAAAGCCAGAGUGAACUUAGCUAGAGCCAUCUACAGACAAGCCGAUAUUUACUUGCUGGAUGACCCCCUAAGUGCGGUCGACGCCCACGUGGGAAAACACUUGUUCGAUGAGUGUAUAAGACGAUAUCUGCGAGGUAAAACUCGAAUUUUAGCAACGCAUCAGCUUCAAUUCGUAAAAGACGUGGAUGGUAUUAUUCUUCUGGAGGAAGGAAAAAUAAAAUAUUUUAAGAAUUAUCAUAAACUACUGAAGGCGUACCCUGAAUAUGGAAGUCUGAUUACCACUGAUCUGGAGGAGAAUUUCAAUGAGGACGAAUCCAAUAAAAUAUCUGAUUUAAGAAGACGAUUUUCUUCUACAAGAAGUAAGGUAAAUAUUAUUAUAGUAUCUGCAAGUGAAUACGUCAAUGUUGCUGACAAAAAUCAUGAUUCAAGAAAUCUAUCAGAUGUCAUGGAAGCUACUUCGAAAGGAGCCGUAAAAGGAAAUAUAAUUUCACAGUAUUUUCUUUCGGGUUCUAAUUUUUGCAUGAUGGUUACCAUGAUUGUACUGUUUCUUCUGACCCAGAUUUUCGUGAGUCUAACCGAUUUAACUGUUUCUGCAAUCGUCAACACUGAAGAGUUGCGAAUUUUCAGUAACUCACGUGAAAGCAAUAUCAGCAGCCCUAGAGAAAACAAAACAUUUGACGUAACAGCUGACAGUAAAUCCUACCCCACAAUAUAUUACAUUUACUUUUAUACUUUUUUGAUCCUAUCAAUUUUCGUGGUUGGCCUGACGCGUUCAUUUUUGUACUACAUACUCUGUCUACGAAGUAGCAAGCGUUUGCAUAAUUCUGCGUUUGCUGCAAUUAUUCGAUCAAGUAUGCAUUUCUUCGAUACGAAUCCAAGUGGGCGAAUUCUGAAUCGAUUUUCAAAAGAUACGACUGUAAUGGAUGAAUUGUUACCCAAAGCUAUGCUGGAUGCUACUCAGGUUUUACUGGUAAUAACCAGUUCCCUUGUGCUUACCUGUAUAGUUAAUCCAAUAUUUUUGGUUCCUGCAGUUAUUAUUGGUUUCAUAAGCUACUGUUUAAAAAGGAUAUAUCUCAAGACUAGCAAAAACAUCAAACGUCUGGAGGGCAUAACUCAUUCACCAGUGUUCACUCAUCUAAAUGCCACUUUAAGUGGCAUAUCAACAAUUAGAGCUUAUGAAGCCCAAAUUGUCUUAAAGUCAGAAUUCGAAAAAUUUCAAGACGUUCAUACUUCUACAUGGUACAUGUAUACUGUAUGCACCAUCGCCUACGCCUUUGCCUUGGAUUUAUUCACAUUUAUCUUCAUAACUUUUAUUACGCUUGCGUUCUUAAUUUUUCGGGACCACUUUAACGGAGGUGAGGUAGGUCUGGCUUUUACCCAGAUAUUGGCUCUAUCCCGUCUAGUACAAUGGGGAAUGCGACAAAGUGCUGAGGUAACGAAUCAAAUGAUGUCUGUCGAAAGAAUCUUGGAAUACACGCAGAUACCCCCGGAAACGAAUUUGCCGGAUGCCGACAAUACUACCAAAGGAAAAAAAAUAAAAACAAAGAACCAAAAAACCUUGACGGUACAACUUUUCGUACCACCUAAAGACUGGCCCCAUGAUGGCGCCGUCGAAUUCAAGAAUGUCUUCAUGAGAUACGCUGACAAUGAGCCACCCGUACUCAAAGACUUAGAUUUCCACAUCAACCCAUCGGAAAAGGUGGGAAUCGUGGGAAGGACCGGAGCUGGUAAAUCAUCGCUGAUCUCGGCAAUGUUCAGACUAGCUCCAUUAGAAGGUACAAUAGAGAUUGACGGAGUUGAUACGGGAACGAUAUCGCUGGAGGACUUGCGGAGUCGGGUGUCGAUAAUUCCUCAGGACCCCGUACUUUUCUCCGGCANAUAA